UUUGCCGGUACCGCCUGAGGGAGUGAGCGGCUGGGGAGCGCGGUGAGUCCGGGGCCGGGAAAAGGGCAGCAGCGGCGGCGGCACAGUGAAUCCUCGAGUGUGCGGUGGACAGCGCGGCCGAGGCCCCUGGUCGUCCUUCCUUUACCCCCGAUGAGGCGGUUCCGUUCCCGCGGUGGAAGUGGUCAGCGCGACCCAGGCUCCGCCAGCAGGUGUGGGAGCACAGACCGGCCAGCAGCGGGCAGUCCAGCGCUCCUUUGUCGGCAUGGCAACCGAAGACGAUGACCCAGUUGUACAAGAGAUCGAUGUGCACCUAGCCAAGAGUCUGGCCGAGAAGCUCUACCUGUUCCAGUACCCGGUGCGUCCAGCUACAAUGAAGUACGAUGACGUCACCCACUUGUCCGCGAGGAUAAAGCCUAAACAGCAGAAGGUGGAAGUGGAAAUGGCAAUCGACACAAUGAGUCCCAACUACUGUCGGAGCAAGGGGGAGCAGAUAGCGCUGAACGUGGAUGGUGCCAGCACCGACGACUCUGGGAGCACCUAUACAACGAAACUCAUGGACAAACAAGUCUUCUCUUCGAUCCAGUCUGUCGUCAACACCUCCCGCUACGCUGCUGCCAUCUACAGGAAAGGCGAGCUACAUGUCACCCCGUUACAUGGAAUGCUUCAGAUGAGACCCAGUUUUUCCUACCUGGACAAAGCGGACGCAAAGCAUCGGGAAAGGGAGGCAGCAAAUGAAGCUGGUGAUUCUUCCCAGGAUGAAGCCGAAGAUGAUGUGAAGCAGAUCACAGUGCGUUUCUCACGUCCUGAGACCGAGCAGGCUCGCCAGCGUCGGAUUCAGUCCUACGAGUUCCUACAGAAGAAACAGGCGGAGGAGCCCUGGCAUUACCUGCACUACUGUGGUGUGAAGGACAGCCGGUCUGAACACGAGCGGCAGUAUCUCUUCAGUCAGCUGGCCAGCAUGGUGGAGACGUCUGAACUAACCAAAUCCCCCAGCGAGUAUUUGUCCAUGUUGAUGCCACCAGUCGAAGAAGAAGAGUUGAAGGUACCCCUAGCCCCCAGCAACGUACUCUCUAUGGUUCAGCUGCGGACUCUGCCCCUGGCAGACCAAGUCAGAACCCUGAUGAAGAACGUGAAGGUGGUGCAGUUUGCGAAUCUGAUGGGUCUCCUGGGCUCGGGUGUCGAUUCCACGGCCGUUCUGCGUUGUAUUCAGCAGGUGGCCAUGCUGGUUCAGGGAUGCUGGGUGGUUAAGAGUGACGUGCUGUACCCCAAGGAUACCUGCAGUCCCCACAGUGGAGUUGCUGCGGAAGUUCUGUGCAGAGGAAGGGACUUUAUUAUGUGGAAGUUUACGCAGGACCUGUGGGUCGUCCGGAAAGAAGUCGCUGCUGUGAUCAAGCUCCCUCCUGAAGAUGUGAAGGACUUCCUGGAGCAAAUGGCUGUUCCCCGUGUCAACAAAGGCUGGGAGUUCCUGCUUCCCCACGACUCCAAGUUUGUGAAGAAGCAUCCGGAUGUGGCCCAGAGGCAGCACAUGCUUUGGAUGGGAAUUCAGGCCAAGUUAGAGAAAGUCUACAACCUCUCCAAGGAAGACAUGAUGCCAAAGAAACACGACUCUCAACCAGCUGUGCCUGUGGUGCUGAGCGGCGAGCGGCGGGUAGCCGCAGCCAAAGAGCGCCUUCGGGAGAACCAUGCCACCCUGGACAGCGACUACUGGCGGCGGAAGUCCCCCCAUGGAGCGGACAUGCAGGACCCCGGCAGCUCCUUGCUUCCUGUCAGGAUCAAGGAGGAACCGCUAAGUGAGGAGGAACCCAUGGACACACACCCGUGGUCGGGCAGCAGGGUAACCAAUGGCAUCCACACAGACGAGAGCUCCCGUGAGUCAGCGGAUGAGCACGCGGGCGGGCAGAGCAAGCUGGCGUCGGUGGAGCUGAGGGACUUUGUGUACAGCAUGCUCAGGAAACACUACGUGCUCAGUUUAAGUGAACUGAAGCGGCUGUUUAACCUGCACUUGGCCAGUCUGCCCCCUGGCCACAUCUUAUUCAGUGGCAUCUCGGACCGAAUGUUACAGGAGACCGUUCUGGACUGUGGCUGCAAGCAGAUCUUGGUGCCUUUCCCUCCACAGACAACCGCUUCAGCUGAUGAACAGAAGAUCUUUGCACUUUGGGAGGCUGGGGACUCCUUCGACCAGUAUCGGCAGAUACUACUUGAAAUCUUUUCAAAAAAUUACCGUGUGCGUCGGAACGUCAUCCAGUCCAAACUCUGCCAGGAUUUUGGAGACAAUCUCAGUAAACACGACGUGGACAGAGUGCUGAAGGACUGCUGUGCAAGCCACGGUGGGAUGUGGUAUCUGAAAGGGACCUUACCUUCCUGACAGCUACACUGUGCCCCGCUCUGUGACUCCGGAGCUGGGCAGUGAAGUUAGCAAGCGAUGGUGUUGGGUUAACGCCUGUGUGCCUGUGAUGGUUGGCGUGGACACUUGAUUGUAACGGUGGACAGAACCAGAUGGAACAGCCCCAGGGAAAGUGAAUAACCUUCACAAGUCAGUGUUAACGGACUCGGACCUAUUGACUCUCUCCUUCUGUUCAAACUACAGUUUUGUGUAGAAUGACCCUGGGGAAGGCAAAUAGAGAUCUGGUUCACCUUCACAACUCAGUGUUAUGAGUCUCGGACCUAUUGACGCUCACCCUCUGUUCAAACUAUGGUUUUGUGUAGAUGGAAAAUGGAUCUAUCUGUGAGGAAUCAUGAAAUAUCAUUUAAAGUCUUUGCAGUCAUCCUUAAUCUCCAUACAUCGUGGCUAAGGUCUAGAUCAGUAACAUUACCUAGUCAAAAGGCUAGGAUUCUAUUUCAUUCAAUAGAAAUUCAUAGUCUAAUGAUUUCCCAUUAUUGAGAGCCAGUGAUCUUGAACAAUCUCACAGUGACCAAAAGUUCACCCAAACUAUUAAAGUUUAAUUUUAUGGUUUUAAUACUGAUGAGUUAUAACCAAAUCCACAUCGUUCUUUGAUAGGUUUUUCCCCGUGUAACAUGAUUGAAUUUUUUAGAUUGCAUCUUAAUGUGAAGUUGUCAAUUCACGAAAGAGGGAACAUGGGCAGUGGGUAUGGCUGCCACGUAUCAUCUGAGCUAAACUGUAAAUAAAACAUUGAAACAUUGACUUGUUUAUUCCUCUCUUUAAAUGCUGACUGCUGCAUUUUGUGUAUGUUGCCCAUUUCAGAAAAUUAGGGACAAUUGGUUGGGAUGGAACUGUUGUUAGGAGCCAGGGCUUUGGGAGAAUGAGGCUAGGAGACCAAAAGGCCUGUUUCUCUGCUGUAGUGUUUUACAAUUUUAUGAGGGGUCUUAACCUGAAACGACAACUGUUUAUUCCAUUCCAUAGAUUCUGCCUGACCUGCUGUCUCCAUGAAUAUCUGAUAGAUCUUGUUUACGGUGUUAUCAUUCCCCUGUGGUUCACACCCCUACAAUAAGCUGAUAGAUGCCAGUCUCGUGCUAAUACUUCUGAAUAUCUCUGGCAGAUCCCAACAGAUUAAAGUAUAAACAUUUCAUAUUUGGUGUAGUGAAGUAACUGGUUUUUACCUGAAAAGGGCGGAGAAAAUGUUACAAGGUUGUUGUCAGGAUGGGAGGAUCCCAGAACAAAGAAUGAGCAGUACAGAUAGGAUAAAUGCAAGCAGGCUUUUUCCAUCAAGUCAGAGGUCAUGGGUGAAAGUUGAAACAUUCAGAGAGAACUUUGCUCAGAGGGUGGGGAACAAGAUGCAGCAGGUGAUAGACAUCGAUUGCAACUUUUAAGAGAAGUUUGAAUGGAUGGUAGUGGGCUGGCCCAGUGAAAUCUAGUUUAGCAUAGACUAGGUGUACGCAAAGGCUUACUUCUUUGCUGUAGUAUCCCCUCACCUGCUCCUAACAGAAAUAGACCAGAGGACUGUACCAGCCUUCUACCUCAGCAGCAGUUCUCUGGCAUACAGAAGUCCACAGAUUCACUUUUCUUUGCUGCUUCCACCCUUAGUGUAAGAGUCUGCCUCUUUCUAAUGUUUCCUCAACCAAAGA